UUCUUUUUUCAAUCUAAAUAAUCAAUCGAGCUCUCUUUUCUAUCUCAAAUGGCGUCCAUAGUAUCCAAUUUGUCUUCCACAAUUUCCCGCCUAACCCUUCUGCGGAAGCCCUCACUUCAAUUCACCAUCAGAAAUCUCCAAAACUUCAAUCGCCACCGUCAAUUCGGUACACCCACACCGCAUUUUCUCCACAAUUCAAACAAUCAUGCUACUCCCCAUUUUUCUUCUUCUCCAAAACCCCAAUCGACAAGCGCAUUAGGUCAAGAUGAAGAACUAAUUGUUCUGGGGAUUGAAACUAGCUGCGACGACACUGCCGCAGCAGUAGUUCGAAGCAAUGGUGAAAUUCUUAGCCAAGUUGUUUCUUCUCAGGCAGAUCUGCUCGUCAAAUACGGAGGCGUUUCUCCUAAAAUGGCUGAAGGAGCACACUCACUAGUAAUUGAUCAGGUAGUGCAAGAGGCUCUCGAUAAAGCUAAAAUAACGGAGGAAGAUCUUUCCGCAGUUGCUGUUACAAUUGGUCCUGGUUUAGGCCUUUGUCUACGCGUUGGUGUUAGGAAAGCUCGUAAAAUUGCUGGCACUUAUGCUUUACCCAUAGUGGGUGUUCAUCACAUGGAAGCCCAUGCUUUGGUAGCAAGGUUAGUUGAAAGAGAGUUACAGUUUCCUUUCAUGGCCUUGCUUAUCUCAGGUGGCCACAAUCUUCUUAUUCUUGCCCGUGACAUCGGCCAUUACAUACAACUCGGAACCUCGAUAGACGAUGCAAUCGGUGAGGCGUACGACAAGACAGCCAAAUGGCUCGGUCUCGAUUUGAGCAAGAGUGGGGGGCCCGCUCUAGAGCAGCUGGCUCUAGAGGGCAAUCAAGACUCUUUCAAGUUUAAGGUCCCUAUGAAACAGCAUAAAGACUGCAACUUCUCGUACGCGGGUCUCAAGACUCAAGUCAGGCUCGCUAUUGAAUCGAAAAAUAUUGACGCUACAAUCCCUAUUGCUUCAACUAGUAGUGAAGAUAGAAGGGUUCGAGCUGAUAUUGCCGCCUCUUUCCAGAGAGUUGCGGUACUGCAUUUAGAAGACAAGUGUCAACGAGCAAUUGGAUGGGGAUUGAAGAUUGAACCUUCUAUAAAGCAUUUGGUUGCUUCUGGAGGUGUUGCAUCUAAUAAAUACGUGAGGUCUCGACUAUAUAAUAUGGUCGAAAAGAAUGGCCUUCAGCUUGUUUGUCCUCCUCCUAGCCUUUGUACCGACAAUGGCGUAAUGAUUGCUUGGACCGGCAUAGAGCAUUUCCGUAUGGGAAGAUACGAUACUCCGCCGCCUGCAUGUGAACCCGACGAUGCUCUGGUUGAUAUUCGGCCAAGGUGGCCGUUGGGUGAGGAGUAUGCUGAAGGAAGAAGCGAAGCUCGGUCGUUAAAAACGGCACGGAUUCAUCCCUCUCUUACUUCUCAAAUUCAAGCAUCUUUGGAAAAACAACCUUUGUAGCCUUGAAAACUCAGAGCUUGCGUCCCUCAUAUUUCCUUAAUUACAUCCACCCCUUGAAUUUGUAGAUUUCUUACAUUAACAUCCUUUUGUAGGGGGUGGAUGUAAGAGAUUUACAAACUGCAGGGGGCUGGGUGUAAUUUCUCAAAAAGAAGGGAUUUUUUGUAAUAACAUUUUACCUUGAGGAGGUGAUUGUAAUUUACCAUUCUUUUAGUUUUAUAGAUGAAAAAUAUAGAUAGGGCCAUACUAUUAAUGGUUGUAAUUUAAUGAUCAUGUAAUUAAUUUAUUUAACCCGUGGCGUAAUGAUUUUUUUGGAAG